UGAAAACAACCCAUAUGUUGAAACAACAAAAGAAAGUAUACAAAUAACUGAAAAACAAGAUGAACAUAUGUUAGCAUCAAGCUACUCUUCAGAUGCAAAAGAAGAAAUGUUGUUGGACCCAGAAACUAAACCUUCAAACAAUGCUUCUAGUAACAACAAAGUUAUAUAUGAGGCCCAAGAAAUUGAACCUAUUAGCACAACAGCAACCUAUUACUUACCAGAGAAGA